AGCCACUUUGUCUCAAGGCGUAAGGAUCGAAUUGAUGACCGCAGGCGGGCGCGAAUACAGUAUGACUGGCAUGCCAAAGACACCCAUGACUGUGCCGAGAAGACUUGGAUUGUUUUUCCAUUCGCCAGCGUUUUGCAUCCUUUUCGUGAUCGUGGUUGCCCUUUCUUGGCCGCUGGCGGAUGCCCUUCGAGGCUGCGGUGGAUGGAGCUUCACCAGUCCAUCGGUUACCAGGCGUUUAGCGGGACCCUUGAAUAGGCCGAUCGCUCUGAUCCACGUCGGGCCGCCCAAGACGAACGACGUACAUCCAACAUAGACUUUGGACAUACCGUGACGAGCUCCUCGAGAGAAAUAGAAUGUACUUCGUGCCGCCUGUGGAGGAACAUGGAGGAACAUCUGAAAGUUUGCUCCAGCGUAUCACUUACUUUCGAAUCCAAACUCAAACGAUACCAGAGUGACAGCCUUCAAGAAUAAGCUCAGCGAGGCAGUGGCUAACGGCCAGCACGUGAUCGUCAGCUCCGAGAAGUUUUGCAUGAUGAGUCCAAAGACGAUCCCGUCGUUGAAAACGUUAUCUCUGCAGUUUAGAAUUUGGUGCUCACCCACCGACCAAUUCUCAGUUGGAGGUGGUCUGCCUACAAGCAGCACUUCUCCACGCAUCAGCCGCCGGAAAACCGCGUAUCGUUCGCCGAGUAUUGGGAGAAGUUUGCCCGACUUGGGCCACCAAUUAUGUGCAAGCAUUUCGCAGGGAUAGCGUUUUCAUAUUGGAUUUGCUAGGUGCAAAGAACGACGGAGACAUUGUGAAUAUGAUGUUGUCUGCCGUUGGUUUACGGGCCUUCCAGGAGCCGCUCCAACAAGUUAGCAGCACGCCAGGAUUGCCUUUUGUGACGAGGUUGUUUAUUUCCCAAUGUGGCACCAACUCGGAGAAUGCAUGGCAGAGCACCACCGCUGCAGAUUGAAAGCGCUGCAGAUGCAAGAGCUCGCGCAGAAUUUUGACGCCAUGUUCAAGCGCCACACCAUGCCGAAUAAGUGUCUGGACAUGGAGCCGAUGAAGAAGUACUCACUCAAAAUUGAUGUCAAUUUUCGAGAUGCCUUCGGAGACCGCGCUGCGCACCUCCGCCCAGAUUUGCCAUGUCAUGAUACCGCGCAACUGACGCAGAUCUGCGAGCUCGACCGCGAGAUUGUCGGGAUUGAUUGGAAGGACUUGCUCGAGAAGCAGGCCGAAGCUCUGUUGCGCAACUUGUGCCUGAAGCAGUAGAAGCGGCGGUCGGGAAACCCGUUCCCAUUUCAAACCGCUCGAUUUUUGUUGAGCCCACCCCCACAGCUCCUCAUCUGCGCGUGGACCCCCUACCUGUCCUAUCCUUGCACCGAACGCGCCGCCACUUUCGGCUCCCAGGUGCUGGGGCGCAACUCUGGCUGUAGGACGGAGAAGAAGGGUAGAACCUUCAUCGUGGCCCUUUACACCACCGUUGCCGCCUUUACCGACUCGGGAGGGGAUCGGCCUUUCGGUCACCUCUUCCCUCACACG